CCCGGAUCCUGCAAGCUGAACACGGACCGCUGCUGCACUUCUGAUGAAUAAAAGUGAUAAAAGGGACGCAUGCUGAGGGAGGAGAACAUUUAACAAGAUAGCUGCAGAGGUGCUGCAUGAGUCUGAGGACUGUCCCCCCAGAGGAGGCUGCAGGAGAACUGCUGCAGAGAUGCUUCAGGAGAGGGAGAGGGCGUCAGCUGGGACGGAGGAACGGAUGAGCCAGGUCCGGACCAGCGGGGACACGGAUCUCCUUCCAGACCAGCCGGCCCCCGGCCUGUCCAACACUCCCACGGUUCCCACGGUUCCCACGGUUCCCACGGUUCCCACGGUUCCCAACCCCAGCAGGGCUGACCAGAACAUUGAGAACAUCAAGGUGGUUCUUCACGAGAGGGAGCUGUGGAAGCGGUUCCAUGAGGCCGGCACAGAGAUGAUCAUCACCAAAGCUGGAAGGAGGAUGUUUCCUAGUUACAAGGUGAAAGUGACAGGGAUGAACCCCAAGACCAAAUACAUCCUGCUGGUCGACAUCGUCCCGGCCGACGACCACCGCUACAAGUUCUGCGACAACAAAUGGAUGGUGGCUGGCAAGGCCGAGCCAGCGAUGCCAGGCAGACUCUACGUUCAUCCCGAUUCACCCGCCACAGGAGCCCACUGGAUGAGGCAGCUGGUUUCUUUCCAAAAGCUGAAGCUUACCAACAAUCACCUGGACCCCUUUGGACAUAUCAUCCUGAACUCCAUGCACAAAUACCAACCCAGGCUUCACAUAGUGAAAGCAGAUGAAAACAACGCCUUUGGAUCCAAGAACACUGCCUACUGUACUCAUGUCUUCCAUGAGACUGCCUUCGUUUCUGUGACCUCUUACCAAAACCACAAGAUCACUCAGCUGAAGAUAGAAAACAAUCCAUUUGCUAAAGGGUUCAGAGGCAGCGAAGAAGGAGAUCUGCGCGUCUCAAGACUACAAGGGAAAGAAUAUCCAGUAAUUUCCAAGAACAUAGUUCGCCAGAGGAUCAUUUCCUCCCACGGCCACCUAACGGGGAAACUUCGAGCAGGAGUUUUAACGGGGCACCCUCAAGGCCUUUCCUCUUAUCAGUAUGAGGCCGGGACUCAUUUGUCUCACUCAGAAUCCCAGGAUCCCGUCUCCAACAACUUCCCCCAGAGCAGAGAUCCCAGUCUCAUGUAUCACUGCUUCAAACACAGAGAUAACGCCCGACACUUGGAGCUGGGAUGUAAGCGGCCGUAUUUGGAGACAUCGUCCAUGUUAUCGGAGGAGCAUUACUUUUGUUCACCUCCCUCCUACGAGUCGCCCUUACUGUCCCACCCGUACUGCGCUGAGGCCAUCUCUUCCAGAGAGGCGUGCAUGUACGGGAACAUGGAGUCAGAGGCUGGAUCGGGGCCGGUGGACACGGACGACCUGACCAACUCUCCUUCAGUUAACUGCAACAUGUGGGCCACCGUGCAGCCGUAUCCUCGUUACAGCGUGGAGGGAAUCCCGUACCAGCCCUUCACCGCUCACUUUACCAACUCUGGCCCCGUCAGUCCCGCGGUGCCACACCCCACAUCGUCAGUGGUGUCACGACCACAAGCCGACCUGGGCGCCUAUAACUCCCCAACGGUCCAGAGAUGUCUGCCCGUCGUACCGCCGUCACCUUCCUCGUCAUCCUGUUCUCCAAACCUGCCCGGGUCCAGAGAGAGGCCGGGCCAUCCGCCUCUGUACCAGAAGAAACAAGGAUCCUCACUCCGGCCUCACAGAGAUUUCUCAGCCUAUUCCACAGAAGGCACUAUAUCUAUCCACGAAUCGUCCCACCAGUACCAAGUAGGGCUCAGUAGCACAGGAAGUCACUGGACUGACAGCUAACGUGGGCCCUUGGAGAAACAUCUGGGCUCCAAUUGCUACUCUGAAUUUAUUCAGGGGUUCUGAAAUCCCUAAUGAGGACUGUGGGUGCCGAUCAGUGGUAAUAAACUCCAGUCCAAAUCCAUCCACAUCUGUGAAUUCUUACUGAAUCACAGCUAGAUGCCACGUGUGUGGUAAAGAUGUCAGUGGCGUCAAUUCAGUCAAAGCUAAGGUAUGGCAAGGUUACGAGUCACAGAAGUCUACUAUGUAGCUUAUCUGUGUUGUCAGGAAAAUUGUAACUUUUUGAAAUGCAGUCUCGCUCACAUCCUGUUAACUAUGAACACUACACUUUAACAACGUGUUGAUCAAUUCAGUCAAUGCGCCUUUACGCAAUACGCAUCCGUUUUCGGCACCACGGACAGCAAGUGGCAGAGUUAGAGAGCAGAAAUGAUGCAAUUUAACUCAUUCUGUCACUUCAUUCACCAUGUCAGUGCAACAAUAUCACGUGGACAUCCCAGUUUAACUUAAAACAGUUACAGUCCAAAUGCAAAAAGGAGAGAGAGGGCGCAGAAAAGAGAAAGAGAGAGUAAAAAAAGUCAAAUAUUUCCCUUAAACAGAUUUAUGAGGGCAGAGUGAUUUGAUAUCUUACCUUAAGAUGAACUUGCAUAAUGAAUCAGUGACUAACAGCUGGUUAAUAGCCUGACUCCCGCUUUCACUAUUUGGUCCUUCUCCCUCCGCUGCUGGGGCAACAUUGGACCAUCAUUUGACUUCAUUUUUUUGAAAAAAAAAAAAAUAAUUGCGGGGUUGUCUGCUUCCUUUACAUUUUUGUAAUUUAGUAAUGCUGCAAAGCACGCUAAAAAUGAGCUUGAUAGCGAUCAAUGUCGUCAGGGACGCUGGGACAUCACAUUUCAAGAUAUGAGGGGGUACAAGUGUUGGGAAAGAUAAUACCUAGGGAAAUCCAUCAUGUUCUUCUGAUUUGCUUUUGUAGUCAUUUUAUAUGUAUUAAAUAAUGGAAUAAUCAAUACAAAUAAACAUUGUAGUAAUUCCAUAAAUAUAUUUAAAAAACAAACAGUUACAUUUUCCCCUGAAGCCGAGGUGUGGCGGCUGUCGUACCUUGCCAUACCCGAUUGACGCCCCUGAAAGAUGUGCUGAAAACCUCUCCACUGCUAAUGUGUAACACACGUACCGUGAGCCAGUGAUAGGAUAAGGUAGGGGGGGGUUCUCAUAUUCAUUUGCAAGUUGUGGGUUUGAGUUGCACUUGAAGUGCCAGUAAUGUUGAUACAUAAAACAAGUUCAAGUUAACACCCCCGCAAAAUCUGUCAAAGUAGCGCCACCAAGAGAACUGAAAAUAAAGAUGAGGAGAACAAUGACUCUAGGAAAAAAAACCUUGAUAAGGGAAAAGGAUCAAUUUUAUCACCUUUUUUAAGAAAGCCAUAUGAUAUGUUUCAGACAUAUUAACAUUAAAACCUUCAUAUUCAGUUUCCAUGGAAAGCUAGAAACUAAGGUUUUUAAUAUUUGUGUAGUUUCACCAUAAAGCAAGUGCAAAAGAUAAUGCUGAUGAUUGUGAUGAUUCCUUGAUGCUUCAUUGAGGGUUGGUGAUGAGCAGAGCUGGGUAGAGGAGCCAAAAAUUGUACUCAAGUAAAAGUACUGUUACUUCAGAAUAAUAUGACUCAAGUAGAAGUAAAAAGUAGUUAUCCAAAUAAUUACUUGAGUAAAAGUAAAAAAGUACUUGGUGAAAAAACUACUCAAGUACUGAGUAACUGUUGAGUAAAGUCUGAUUUAUUUUUUUAACACAACCAUUCAAACAGACAAAAGUACAAAAUAAUCAUCUUCAGGUAAAUUAAAUCAAUAAAAUAAUAAAAUUAAUUAAAAUUAAUUAAAAAAAAUAGCUUAAAUUAAAAUAAUCUUAAAGUAAAUUCAAGUACUUUAAUAAAUAAUAAAAUAAAUAAA